AUGAUAUUAAUCCCACUUCUGGGGGUCCAGUUCAUCUUCUUCCCGAUCAUUCCCAGGAGAGGAUUGCACGUUAAAAAGAUCUAUGAAGUUAUCGUGGCCCUCGUGACGUCAUUUCAAGGCUUCUUCCUAUCGUUACUCUUCUGCUUUUUUAAUGGCGAAGUAGUCCAGCUGAUGAGGAGAAAGUUGGACGGAAGAUUCCAUCAGAAUCCGGAAUUUAGGCGGAGAUCAUCGGCCGCCCACACCGCCAUCACCUACCAUAAUAAUAAUAAUAAUAAUAAUAAUAAUAAUAAUAAUAAUAACAAUAAUAAUAAUAAUUUAAUGAUAAAUGAUAAGAACAAAAAGGAUGAUGACGCCAAUGUUAAAAUUAAAAAUAAUAAUCAUAAUAAAAAAAAUAAAAAUGAAAAUAAUAUCAAUAAUAAUAACAUUUCCAACGCCAACAACAAAAACAACAAGUCGAUUGCUGUUAGCAACAAAAAUGCAACUACAGGACAAUAG